UCUCCCACAGUAACAUGGCGGGCUCCAGUCAGCGCUCUCCUCUCCUUUAGCAGCGGCUCCCGGUGAAAAGCGGGCGGGAGAGGUUUCUGUGACCCGUGGAUCCUCCCGGGCGUCGCUGGCCGCGCUUCGAGGCUCCUUCUCCCGGUUCCCCUGACGUGUUUAGCGGCCGGAGCUGAGUUCGGGACUCGAACCCGGGUGUCCUCAGUCCGUCUCUCCGUGCACGGUGCGCCGGAGUUCAGCCGUCGCCACCGCGGAGGAAGUCCUCUCUGGUCGCAGGCCUCUCCAGGUUCUCUCAUGGAACCCUUGAUCAUCCAUCAGCUCUCUGUUCUUGUCUCCUGCUGGAGGAGGAACCGGAUCCACACAUGAGAACCGACCGACGGAGGAGGACGUAGCAGCAGAACCCGGACCCGAUGGAUCCCCCGGACACCGGACAGACGGGGACACCCGUCUCUGCAGAGAACGGGACGCCGUUGGACAUGCCGUCAGAGAUGUCCAGUCCAAAGAGACGCCGAUGCAAGAAAAACCCCAAAUACACAGACUACGAGGUCGACGACUCGUUUUUCACUGACGUCUUCCAAGACAGAGCCUGUGAGGGGAGUCCUCAGGGAGAAGGUGCAACUCCCGCCCAGACUCCGAGGAGGAGGGGGGGGAGGAAGCCUCUGUCCAGCGGACCGCCGGCCAGAGGGCGAAGGACGUCCAGGAAGGCACCAGCAAGAAGGACCCCGGCUAAGCACCGGGCCGCGGGGCGAGACAAAGACGGUGUCCAGGGAAACGGCGUCCAGGCUGAAGACAGCAUCCAGGGAGACGGCGUCCAGGCUGGAGACGGCGUCCAGGCUGGAGACGGCGUCCAGGCUGGAGACGGCGUCCAGGCUGGAGACGGCGUCCAGGCUGGAGACGGCGUCCAGGGAGACGGCGUCCAGGCUGGAGACGGCGUCCAGGCUGGAGACGGCGUCCAGGGAGACGGCGUCCAGGCUGGAGACGGAAUCGAGGCUGGAGAUGGCGUCCAGGCUGGAGACGGAGACGGCGUCCAGCAGGACAACGUGACGCCCAAGCCCAGAAGGAAGCCGGUGAAGAGGAAGCGCCUGCAGCUGGACGCCGGGACGGAGCCGCCGGCGGACAAAGAGCCGCCGCCGGAGCCCGAGGAGGGAAUCGAACCGGGAGGCCGGCGCAGGAGAGGAGCCGCCAGAGCGGCCUUGAAGUACCUCCGCUCUCUGGCCGACGAGGUUCUGAACGCCGCCGACGAGCCGGAGUCCCGGCCGGGGGACGCAGACGUCCAGAGAACGAGUCCGUCUGGACGCCAGGCGCCGAGGCGCCAGAAGAGGAACCGUGUGGACAGCGGCGCCGCAGAUGACCAGGACUUCGUUCCUGAAGGUCAGGAGAUGAACGAUGAUGAAGAGGAGGAGGAGGAGGAAGAGGAGGAAGAGGAGGAGGACCUGGAGGACGAGUUGUUCCCCCGCAGGAGGAGUUCCACAGGUCCUCACAGCAGCCGGACUUCAUUCGACAAACGGAACUUCGAACCGUCCAAGAACAUGCUGAGAGCCCUCUGGGACACUGCUGAGACCACCGAGAAGUACCGCCAGCAGCACUGCAGCAGCUGGGUCUUUCCCGACUGGAUCCCGUCCUCGUCUGACUGGAGUCGGGUUCCGCCGAGCCGUGUGGAGGAGUACCUGCCUCAGGAGCGCCAGUCGGCGGCGUUCCGGGUGUCCAGAGACGGCCUGCAGAAGGAGGAGGAGCCACUGCAGCGGCUCGCCAGGUUCCAGGCGCUGCCGCCUCACCCGCUGUGCUGGGACUCGGCGCUGUUCACCGGCGGGCCGGUCUGGGCCCUGGAGUGGUGCCCCGCCCCCGACGGCGCCCCCGCCACCCAGUACCUGGCCCUGGCCUGCCACCGCGGCAUGGAGGACCGGCACCGCGCCGACCGGACCCACGCCGGCCCGGGACUGGUCCAGCUGUGGGACGUCGGCAGGCUGGAGUACAACCAGGAACCGGACCGCCGGCCCUCGCUGUCCUACGGCCUGGCUCUGGACGACGGCUUCAUCUGGGCCCUCAAGUGGUGUCCUGCAGGCUGCUGGGAGCCGCCAGCCUCGGCCCGCAAGCACCCCCUCCUGUCCAGACUGGGUCUGCUGGCCGUGGUCUCGUCCUCCUCCGUGGUCUCGGUCUACAGUCUUCCUCACCCGGAGGCUCUGCUGCAGAACCAAGCGGACUCAGGGGAGGACAGUCCUGCAGUGUUCAAGGCCCGGCCGGUCGUCCACCUCAGGCUGGGUUCCUUCAGAGCUCCUCGCCUUCAGCGCAGCGGUUUGGUUCUCUCUGUCGACUGGUUGCCGCAGAAACCGCACAACAUCAUCGCCGUGGGAUUCUACGAUGGGAUGGUGGGUCUGUGGGACCUGAACACCCGGUCCGCCCUGUUGCGGGUCCGAGACUCGGAGUGCGUCAGCCUGCUGCCGUACCGCUGCUUCCUGGCUCACCACAACGCCGUGCGGGCCCUGUCCUUCUGCCCCGCCUCCAGGUUCCUGCUGGUGACGGCCGGGGACGACCACAACGUGAAGACCUGGGACCUGAACAGACUGUGGGACCCGGUCUCCGUCCAGAGGCGCCAGCUGGUCAACGGCCUGGUCUGGACGCUGCAGGCCCCCGGAGUCCUGCUGGUCCAGGACAGCGCCUUCGCCCCGAAGUUCUCUCUGGGUCUCCACUUCACCGACUGCAGCCUCCGCUCCGUCCUGCUGAUUCCCAGAUCCACCAACGUCUGGUCCCUGUCCUACUCGGCCUGGCUGCACUCGGCGGUGACGGUGGACGUUCUGGGAGAACUGGUCCUGGUUCUGCUGCCUCAGCGGCUCUGCUUCCAGCAGGGCUUCAAACGGAUCCAGGAGCGCCGCUUCCCGGUCUGUCUUGCUUCUCUGGUUCCUCACCGGACAUCUGGAGGAGGGAGUGAGGAAGAGGAGGAGGAGGAGGAAGAGCCUUCCCCUGGAGGAGGGAACCAGGAGAACCAAGAGAACCGGGAGAACCAGGAGAACCAGGAGAACCAGGAGAACCGGGAGAACCACAAGAACCGGGAGAACCAAGAGAACCGGGAGAACCGAGAGAACCAGGAGAACCGGGAGAACCAGGAGAACCGGGAGAACCAGGAGAACCGGGAGAACCGGCCUCCAGGUCCUGGUCUACGGUUCCAGUCCUACAGAGAAGCUGUGAAGAAAUGCUUCAUCCUCCACGAGGACAACAACCUGGUGACCUUCGGAACUGCAAAGCGAACUUUGUGGAAGCGGAUGGCCAACACCGAGACCAGGUCAAAGGUCAACCUGGACAAGCUGCCGCUGGCCGCUCUGCACAAGGUCCAGUUCAGUCCUAACUUGACCUCUCACCCCUGGCUGGCGGCCGGCGGUCAGUCUGGAGUCGUUCGUCUGCACUGUGUGAGGAACCUGACCGGCUCCCACAUGCAGACCCUGAUCCAGAAGAACCGGGACCGCUUCAGAGCCCUGUACCCCCCCCCAGGACCGGAACCGGGGCCGGGACCGGGAGCAGCAGCAGGACCAGGACCGGGAGGAGGAGCAGGAGGAGGAGCACAGACUCGCUCCUGAUUGGCCCCGCCGCCUGUUCUCAUUGGAUGGUUCUAGCCCCGCCUCCCGUUGUCAUUGGGCAGCUCUAGCCCCGCCUCCUGUUCUCCUGCCGUCUCCCCCUGGUGGUGAGAUGAAGAACUGCCUUUUCUCAGGUUGUAAAUGGAGGAAAUACUUGAAUCUCCCUGCUGGAUCUUCUUCUUCUUCUUCUUCUUCUUCUUCUUCUUCUUCUUCUUCUUCUUCUUCUUCUUCUUCUUCUUCUUCUUCUUCUUCUUCUUCUUCUUCUUCUUCUUCUUCUUCUUCUUCUUCUUCUUCUUCUUCUUCUUCUUCUUCUUCUUCUUCUUCUUCUUCUUCUUCUUCUUCUUCUUCUUCUGUUGUUAUUUUCACAUUUUAUUUAUUUUGUGUCUUCGUGUUUUUAUAAACUUUCCUUGUAAAGUAGCACCGGUUUCUUUUUUUGGUUUUCUUUUUACCGUGUUUCACAUCUGGCGGUCCAGUCCGGUCCGGUCCAGUCCGGUCCGGACUAGUCCAGUUCAGUCCAGUUCAGUCAGGAUCAGUCCGGUCCAGCCUGGUUCAAUCCAGUCAGAUCCAGUCCAAGUCAGACGAGUCUAGUCCGGUCCGAUCCAGUCCAGUCUUGUGAGGUCCAGUCCAGUCUGGUCCCACCGGUCUGAUCCGGUCCAGUCUGGUCCCGCAGGUCCUGGACUCCCAGCAGCUCUGGACCUUGUCCGGUUCCUCCUGGAUGUUUGUGACGAUCAGCUGAUUCACUGAAUAAAGA